CUGGAGCAGACCCUGGCGGUUUGUGUUCUGGGCGGUGAUUGGCUGGCGCCUGCGAAUACAGAAUAUUGAGCUUGCAGGGCUCAUUCAGCAAUCAGCAGUCGCAUGGAGGGCGUGAGAAGCGUGGGGCCCCUGGCCGGUCUGGCAGCGGCUACCGGUGUAACGGGACUGGUGCUCUACAGGCUGCUCCGGAGGAAACGUCCAACCCAUGUGCAAGUCAACUGCUGGUUCUGUAACCAAAACACUGUUGUACCAUAUGGCAACCGAAACUGCUGGGACUGCCCUACCUGUGAGCAGUAUAAUGGCUUCCAAGAGAAUGGCGACUACAACAAACCUAUCCCUGCGCAGCACAGCGAGCACCUAAACCAUGGGGUGUUUGGGGGGAGCAGCUUUGGUGAAGUGGCAAAACCUCAGCAGUGGGUCAACUGCCAGAUGCUGCUGUGCAAGAAAUGUAACAACAACCAAACCACCAAGAUAAAGCAGAUGUCAUCUUUUAUACCCAGGGAAGAGGAUCAGUAUGAUGAGGAGAUAGAGGUUUACAAACACCACUUGGAACAGAUGUACAAGCUGUGCCGACCAUGCCAAGCUGCUGUAGACUAUUAUAUCAAACACCAAAACCGCCAGCUGCGGGCUAUAAUGCUCGACUACCACCUCAAGAAGAGGGAAGCAGAUAAAUACCAAGUACAGAGUUUUGGAGUUUCAUUACCCACUCGGGCUCCCUUGAAAGUCAUUCUCCUUCGCUUCCUUGCUUUUCUCAACUGUGCGUUUCUAUUGGCCUUGGCCCUUUGGGGCUCAGGCGACUUGAUUUCACGCUCACAUAAAGACUCUCUUACGACGACUUCAACUGAAAAUCAACACCAGAACCUCUCUCAAAAUGAACAAGACAAAGCUGGUCAUCGCCUCUUCUGGGAGGGGGUACUGGAUGCUGUUCCUGAACAGACUUUGGAAAACCUGAAUAUGGCAUGGCGCUAUGGGUGGAGCCAUCAGCUGAUUGUGGUCAUACUAGGCCUCUUGGCCUGCAUCUUUGCCAUGAUACUGGCUGGUCGUAUCAGGUUGCGCAGAGUGGAUGCUUUUUCCUCCUUCCUGUGGGUGCUGGUCACCUGCCUCUACUUGACUGAGCAAUACCUGCUGACGGAUGCCCCCACCUGGAUGGACACCGCCAAGCUUGGCACAAUCUCUCUGUGCUGCCUGUUUGGUUUCACUGCAGCAAUCGCUACUCGCAAAGCAACAAGUCAGCGGAGACCUCGUCCUCGAAGGUCAGAGUCAGAGCAGUGAACCCUGGGACCGGAAAACAUGCUCCCCCAUUCUCAGCUGUGUAGUCUGCAUCUCUUAUCUCCCAUCUGUCCCUCCAACAGUGUCCCGUCCCCUUUUAUUUCUCCUAUCUAUUCUGUCUUAUGUUGCCAGUGUUAGUCAUUCAGCCACCCACCCAUCUGUGUUCUCAAAUGUGGGAAUGGACUAUUGAAAGCAAAUGGUACUUAGAGCUGUAAGCUCAGUUUCAGUAGUUGACAACCUUCUUUAUUGUCUGUCUAUACAUAAUGUGGGUCAUAUGCUACAGUGGUCUGAGACUACUGGAACCGUACCCACAGUGUAUUUUCCACUUGCUAUAUAUAACAUCAGCAUUAGAAACAGAGAGCAGUAGAAAAUGUAGCAUAAAAUUACAAGCAAUAAGCAUCAUGUAGCUGUCACACUGCCUGUAUAGUGACAGCAACUUAAUUGGGAAUCUAGAUGCCAAGUGCUCUAAUUUUUCUGCCAACUUUUACAGUAUUGAAUAGCUCUUUAUGCCUAAGUGUAUUACAUGUAUUUUUUUUUAUAUUUGAAAUAAUUCACCUCACCCUAAAAAACAGCCCUUACAACAAUCUGAAUAAUUCACCUCACACAAAAAGAACAGCGUUUUUACAACCAUCUGAAUAAUUCACACACAAAGAUCAGAGCUUGCAACCAUCUGAAUUAUUCACCUCACACACAAAGACUGCGCUUUUACAACCAUCUGAAUUAUUCACCUCACACAAAAAGAACAGCCCUUACAACCAUCUGUAUUGUUGUUGUUGUUUUUCCUCUCUUGUGUUUGAGUGUGAACUGCUGGUGACCAUGACCUGAUUCCCAUGUCCAUCAGAGAAGUGAUCUGCCAUGGGUUAAGAUUGCGAAUUAGUGCUAUUUUUACAAAACCUCCUCUCUUCAGUUCUGGGAUUAUUCCUAGUGCAAAAAAAAGAUUUUGAUAAUUUGUUUAAUGUUCAAAAAAUGUAGCAGACUUCUGCUCAGGUGCAGCGCAGCCUUUGUUUUAAACACUAAUCUGAAUGGCGCUAAUUUAUGUAAUGGUCACAAGAACCCAUUGCCCCCUGGGCAGGAUGCAAAUCCAUGACCAUCUAUAUAAGGCAGCGGUAAGAAUGUGCAAUGGGACAUGUAGCACGUUCUUUAUGUCCCCAUUCUAAUUUAUUUUCUCCGAAAUUUGUUUCCUACUUUGCUGAGCCCCUUUUACAAUUACAAAUGUAAAUGAGAUGUAAUGAGGAAUAUUGUAUCCUAAAUGUCUCCCACUUGUAGCUUAGUGUUAGCUAUAUGAGAGAGUGCUAGUAUCCUGUCUGUAUUGUGCACUUACCUAUAUAAGCCAUAUGGGGGUGGCAGGUAUGUGACUUUUAUGUAAUUAUUAGGUCGUUCAUACACUGACUCCAUGCGGCUGCACCUGUGCCCUGAGUGCUAGUUUUAUUUAACUUUUUAGUAAUCAAUGCACAACUUAAUUAUUUUCACUAAUUGUAAUGUGUAGGGCAUUAGAGGCAUGAAGUAGUGUGAUAGUAAGAUCCCAGACGCACUGGUGCAUUUUACUAUUGCAGUCCAUUUAAGCUAGUAAUCAUGUUUUCUCAGUGUUAUUUAUGUAUUUUUAUAUAUUAUGUAAUGUUAUUUAUCUGACAAGAUGUGAACAGACACAGGAGGCGUUUGCGAGUAAGGAGCGUGACGGGGACUUUAUCUGACGGUACAUUUGCAGCUGUUACAUUGGUGCUAGUAGCCUCUUUGUCCCACACAAGUGUCAGAUGUAGGCUUAUUUUCAUAUGUAGCAGCUGUCUGAUCUGCGUCAUUGCCAUCACAGCAUAAUGCAUGUGUCUGUCCCUUCUCACUGUCACAUCAUGUGUCUCUAUUUUUUUUUGUUUUUUUUAUGGAGUGUAAUUCACGCUUGUUUUAUUAUCUGCAUACUUUGUAUUCGCUGCUUGCCCUUGCAGCUUUGUUUUUCUGUUUUAAAUAAAAGGCCAAAGAGCCAUUUAAAUGAAA